UGUGUGUGUGUGUGUUGGACAGCACCCUCUCCUGUCUGUCAUUAAGGAUGCUUCUGUGUUUCCUCUGAAGGAGGUGUUAAGGAGGCGCUGUAACCUUUGCUGGGCUGCAGUUGUCGGUGCGGCUGCAGGGGGCACUGCGGAGCAGCUGUCAGUCUGCAGAACCUCAGAGGAAGACGGACGGCUACCAGCUAACGCUUUUUUUGUGCUUUUUUCGCCGGUCUAACGGAUAAAAACGCCUCGGUAACCAUGGCAACAGGCCGGCUGGUGGAGGUGUACCUGGACCUUCUAUCGCAGCCCUGUCGGGCGGUGCACAUCCUGCUCACCUGCACCAAAAUCCCGCACAGAGUGCGCACCAUGGCGCUGCGGAAAGGAGAACAUCGGACUCUGGACUUCACCAAACUCAACCCCAUGCAGAAGGUUCCUGUCAUGGUGGACGACGGCUUCGUCCUCACAGAGAGCGACGCCAUCCUGAAGUACCUCGCCACCAAGUAUGAUGUCCCGGAGCACUGGUAUCCACGGCAACCAGAGAGACGAGCCCGAGUGGACGAGUACACAGCGUGGCAUCACACCAACACACGACCGCACGCUGCUAAAGUCUUCAUCCUGGAGGUGCUGCUCCCGGCUCAGUCUGGCUCUCUGGUGGAUGAGGCGCGUUUGAAUCGCGCUCUCUCUGACCUCGACGACACGCUGGAUAAACUGGAGUCCAUGUUUCUUCGCCGCCAGCCUUUCCUCUGCGGUGAUGACAUCACUGUGGCCGACCUGCUCGCGGCGUGCGAGCUCACGCAGCCUCUGGGCGGGGGCAGAGACGUCCUAAAGGAGCGUCCUCAGCUGCAGCGGUGGAGGAGUCGAGUCCAGUCGGCCGUCGGCGAGGCGUUUGACAAAGCUCACGGCGUCCUGUAUGCCCUCAGAGACCGCCGCCGAGCCCGGCUGUGACAUCUGCACGAGGGGGAGGAGUCAGCCGAGGGUGUCAGGAGGAUGAAGGAGCAGCUCGAUUUCACUUAGAUUUCUCUGCUUUAAAAAACCUCAGAGGCCUUCGAGCCAUCACAGAGUUCCUGGACUCUGAUCGAUGAAAGUAUCAAUAAAUCUAUCAAUGAAUCGA